GCAAACGUAUAUCAUGUCGUCAUUUCCUAAAGUCACAUCGUACACUUCCGGAAGAAGCGGAAGACAACAGUGAAAAGUCUCGGUUUUACUGUAUGCUUGCAUGCAACGUUUUCAAAUAACAAAACAGAAACAGACAUUUUGAGUUGAGUCUUUUGACAACAAAAGACCUAAACUGUCGCCAUGUUUUCCUUCCACGUAUUUGACCACCCGAUGUCCCGGGGGUUUCAGAACCGCUUCUCUACUCAGUACCGCUGCUACUCGGUGUCCAUGCUGGCAGGUCCCAACGACCGCUCCGACGUGGAGAAAGGAGGCAAAAUAAUAAUGCCACCUUCAGCUCUCGACCAGCUCAGCAGGCUUAACAUCACCUAUCCAAUGCUGUUCAAGCUGACCAACAAGAACUCAGACAGAAUGACCCACUGUGGUGUUCUGGAGUUUGUGGCAGACGAGGGAAUCUGUUACCUGCCACACUGGAUGAUGCAGAAUCUCCUGCUGGAGGAAGGUGGCCUGGUCCAAGUGGAAAGCGUUAACCUUAUGGUGGCCACCUACUCAAAGUUUCAGCCACAGAGCCCCGACUUCCUAGACAUUACAAACCCCAAGGCAGUACUGGAGAAUGCGUUGAGAAACUUUGCCUGCUUGACAACUGGUGAUGUCGUAGCUAUCAACUACAACGAAAAGAUAUAUGAGCUGCGAGUAAUGGAGACCAAGCCAGAUAAAGCAGUGUCCAUCAUCGAGUGUGAUAUGAACGUAAGAUCCUAUAUAUUAUCCCAGAAAACAGUGAAUUAUUCUGUUGUUCUCCACUUUAAAUGUUUUGUGACUUUGUUUCUCAGGUGGAUUUUGAUGCUCCCUUGGGUUACAAAGAGCCUGAACGACGACCUCAGCACCAGGAAGAACCAACAGAGGAAGAAGCAGAUCCCCCCAGUUACGAAGACAUGGACCUGGGAUUCAGAGCUUUCACUGGCUCUGGCAAUCGUUUGGAUGGUAAAACAAAAGGGAUUGAGCCCAGCCCCGCCCCUCUUGGCCCAAGUGACAUCAAAAGAGGUAUUCCCAACUACGAAUUCAAAGUUGGCAGGAUCACCUUCAUCAGAAACUCAAGGCCUCUGCCCAGGAAAACUUUAGAUGACGAUGAUGCAAUGAACAGAUUCAUCGCUUUCUCUGGAGAAGGACAGUCCCUACGCAAGAAGGGCAGAAAGCCUUGAAGGAUUUCAAGUCCAAAGACUGCCUUGUGUACACAGACUCACCGUAUCUAUUGUCACAUUCAACAGCAAAGUAAAAAAAUAAAUGAAAAAAAAAAAAGUGGCUUUCAGAUGCAUUGGGAUUUUGUUGCGCUGUCUCUUGAAAUAGGAUUUUUGCUGUUGAGUUGGGAUUGUAUGUAAUUGAAACCGACAGUAACAUCUUGAUUCGCAGAAGCUGAGCUUCAUAAAAUGCUGUUUGUAGUUUCUGGGAUAAAUAA